AAGAGGAGAGAGGCAGAAAAGUAAGAAAAUUUCUGCAGACUUCAACCCAGUCCAUAUCUAUAGACUUUCACUGUUCAUCUCUGGAUUCUCUCAUAAUUCAGUAUCAAAGAAUCGAAAACAACAACAAAAAUCAUGAUUAAAACCUAACUUAUGUUCUAAUUUUAGUAGAACCGAAGCUGGAAGAUUUCAAUUGAUUGAUGGUUUCGUCAGCGGCAGCGUGAGAGAAAUGGGGAAGUCUUACUCGGCGAAUUCGAAUGAUUACAAGCUUCUAGAAGAGGUUGGAUACGGCGCCAGCGCUACUGUUUUCAGAGCGAUCUAUUUGCCUUACAAUGAAGUGGUGGCGGUUAAGUGCUUGGAUCUCGAUCGAUGCCAUAGCAAUCUGGAUGAUAUUCGCAGGGAAGCUCAAACAAUGAGUUUAAUCGAUCAUCCUAAUGUCAUAAAAGCUUUUUGUUCAUUUGUUGUUGACCGCAACCUUUGGGUGGUAAUGCCUUUUAUGGCUGAGGGUUCUUGCCUGCAUCUCAUGAAGAUAGCAUAUCAAGAAGGAUUUGAAGAAUCUGCCAUUGGAUCUAUCCUGAAAGAAACUUUGAAGGCUUUGGAGUACCUUCAUCAUCAUGGCCAUAUUCACCGUGACGUUAAGGCUGGAAAUAUAUUGAUGGAUACUGAUGGUGAGGUGAAGCUUGCUGAUUUUGGUGUUUCAGCCUGCAUGUUUGACAGAGGUGAUAGACAACGAUCAAGGAAUACCUUUGUAGGCACUCCAUGCUGGAUGGCCCCGGAAGUGUUGCAGCCUGGAACUGGAUAUGAUUUCAAGGCUGACAUUUGGUCAUUUGGAAUAACUGCACUGGAAUUGGCCCAUGGACAUGCACCAUUUUCCAAAUAUCCCCCAAUGAAGGUUUUGUUGAUGACCAUACAAAAUGCACCACCUGGACUUGAUUACGAUCGUGAUAAGAGGUUCUCUAAGUCCUUCAAAGAAAUGGUUGCUAUGUGCUUGGUAAAAGAUCAAACAAAGAGACCAACUGCAGAAAAGUUGUUAAAACACUCCUUUUUCAAGAGUGCAAAGCCUCCUGAACUCAUUGUUAAAAAGUUGUUUGUUGACCUGCCACCACUAUGGAAGCGCGUGAAAGAUAUCCAGAUCAAAGAUGCUGCACAACUUGCUCUGAAAAAAAUGCCUUCAGCUGAACAGGAAGCUAUAUCUCAGAGUGAGUACCAGCGAGGAGUAAGUGCUUGGAACUUUGAUGUUGAAGAUUUGAAGUUUCAAGCAUCUUUGUUGCAAGACGAGGAUGAAAUAAAAGAAAUCCAAGAAGAAGAAGACAUUAUAAGAUUUAAUAUGAACCAAAAGAGUGCAUCUGAUUCUGUACCAAAACCAGUAGUCCACAAUAUUGACAGUGAGAGGAUAAAUGGUGAUGAGGUGCUUGUAGUUGAGAGCCAGACAAAUAAGGGACAGACAUCUGAAAGUGACAUGAGAGAGUAUGACGCUAAUGCAAAAACUGAUACAAUGAAGAGUGAAUCAAAAUCUGAGCUGGCAGCAUCAUUGGUAGAGAAAGAAGGAGUUCAAGCUAAGACUAGAAAUCAGACCGGUAGAGCCCGUCAAACUCAAAGUGGACCACUUGUGCCUGGUAUGGUGCUAAGUAAUUCACUAUCAGAAAGAGCUCGCAACUUUGAAAGGUAUGAGAAUGAUGGCUACCUAGUGGCUGAGAAGUCUCAGCAAGUGCGAAGAGCACCCAGUUUUAGUGGUCCACUAAACCUUCCUAACCGAGCUUCAGCAAACAGUUUAUCAGCUCCAAUCAAAUCUUCAGGAGGGUUCAAAGACACGUUGGAGGACAAAUCAAAAACGAACUUGGUACAAAUAAAAGGGCGGUUCUCCGUAACCUCCGAAAAUGUAGAUCUUGUGAAGGAUAUUCCGUUAUCCACAGUCUCUCGACGAAAUUCUCAGGGGUCACCACUAAGGAAGUCUGCUAGCGUAGGGAACUGGAUAUUUGAUUCCAAACAAAUGCCCCAAAGCCAGCCACCCAAAGAAAUCAGUAACAGUAAUGGACUUGCCUCAGUUCUAAUACCUCACCUUCAAAAUCUCUUCCAACAAACAUCAGUUCAGCAGGAUCUUAUCGUGAAUUUGUUAAGUAGCUUGCAAACAGUGGAUGUUGAAAAUGCUCCUCAAAAUGGGAAACUGCCUCCUUUACCUCGUGGUUCAGAUACUAAUGGCAGUGCUGAAUCUAUAGUUUCUGAAAGGGAAAAAAUGCUGCUGAUGAAGAUAUCUGAACUUCAAGCUAGGAUGAAUAGCUUGACGGAUGAAUUAACUUCGGAAAGGCUUAAAUACAUGCAAUUACAACAAAGACUAAAUGCAGUGCCAACACACGAAGAUGAUGAAGAUAGAAGAGGAGGAGAUUCUUGAUUUUGGGAAUGUAUAUUAAUGUUUUUGUUCAUUCAUCGCACCUUGAGAAUUCAGGGUGAAAAUGUAGAAGCAAACGCAAGAUGUUGUUGGGUGUAUCUGGAAUGAUGGGUUGUGUUGAAUAAGAGAGUUAAAAAAGAUUCCAGCACCUUGUUUGAGAAAUUAAAAGAGAAUAAUGAGAUUAGAAGAAUGAGUUGAGUUGAUUUAUUUGGUUGGUGGGAAUGGAAAGUAGGUGGUGUUGUGUUGAAGCCAAUGUGUAUUAUUUGAGAUUAGAAGAAAAACCAGAGGCGCAUUUACUGUAAUUCUGUGAAUAUAUAAUUUGUAACAUUAUAUAUGCUGGUAUAUAUAGAGAGAGCAAUUUGCACCCC